GAAGCUCCAUCCAAAAGGGGAAGUUCCGCUUUGAGGACUGAUCCUCCACUCCCCAUUAAGGAUUGGCACCUUUGGGGGGUGGGGGGGAGCGGGUACCCGAAUUUGACAGGUACCCGCUCCCACUUCUGCUGGGAUCGCCUAGGCAAUCGGAAACGGAAGUUGUCCUCCUUCCCUCCCUCCCCGAAGUCUUGUGGGACACGUGACAGGUCCCAGAAGACGAUGGGGCCAUUCAGGAAGCGCAGCACUACUCCCGCAUGCGCAGUGGGCACCUGGCUGUGCUGUGAAGCCGCAAGCUGUCACAGCCGGGUGCCCACACUGAAGCUGACAGCACCUGGAAUACAGGACGGCCGGUGAGCUGGUAAAACGGGCUGCGGCGGGGGCACCACGGGAUCGUGGGACA